GGGCCCUGGGAGCCUCAUUCGACAGUACAACUCGGGACUCACCGGUUCUAUACGAGUAGUUCUCCCAAAAACGCCAGGAUUAAUAUCUUUAUAUAUAUUUUUCUACGAAACAGUUUCACAUUUGACACGCCGUGCUCGUCGAAUCGCGCCUUGUUUUUCCAUUUCGGACUAGUCCUCGCGGAAUAUGGACAACUUCGCCUUCCAGCUCGCCAAUCCGCCGCGUCCCGUGAAGGCUCUACGGGUGUGCUUCUUGCGGAACAACGAUCCGCACUUCCAGGGAGUCUGCAUAGCGGUGAGCCGAUUCCGCUUCAAGGACUUCCAGGCGCUCCUGGAGGGCGUCACCGAGGCGCUCCGCAAGCACGUACCGCUCCGCUCGGCGAUCACCCACAUCUGGCGCAUCGACGGGUCCCCGUUCACCACCAUGAUGUGCUUCUGCGAGGGCGACAUCGUCGUCUGCUGCUGCAAGUACGAGAUCUUCAGCCGCAUAUGCUACCAGGUCAACAAGGACUUCCUGCGCCUGUACGGCUCGCUGCUCCGCUGGCAGGGCGUGCGCUCCGAGAGGAACAACUGCCUCCAGGCCAUAAAGACGGACGAGCUGCCCGAGUCCGUGCAUCUGUACAUCGCAAACAUAAAGCCGAUCUUCCAGUCGAUGCGGGCCGCCAUCUUCCGAGGCCAGAGCAACGGAGACGAGGCCAUGCCCUUCAUCAUCAAGAUGGUGGACAAGGUGCUGAUGAAGGCCAACUCCGAGGACCCCUACCAGGAGGUGGAGAUGAUGCGGGCCCUGCAGUCGCACGAGAACAUCCUGGAGUUGGUCUACACAAUCGAGCAGAAGCAAUUCAUCUACCUGGUGAUCGAGUACAUGGACCACGACCUCGACUACCUCAUCCGCACCCGCGGCCUCAUCGCCCAGAAGGACGCCAAGGCCGUGAUCUCGGCCACGACCGCCGGCCUGGUCCACAUGCACCGCCACCAGAUCAUCCAUCGCGACAUCAAGCCGGAGAACAUCUUCAUCAGCAUCAACAGGGAGUUCCCUGAGCGCGAUCCCUGGUGCUGGCCCGUCAUUGGCAACAUCAAGAUCGCUGACUUCGGAAUGGCGAUCUCCUACCGGGGCAGCAAGCUCUACGCCUGCUGCGGCACUCCGCCGUACAUGGCGCCGGAGCUGAUCAAGGAGGCGGGCUACGACUACCUGGUGGACUCCUGGUCCCUGGGGAUCAGCAUCUACCAGAUGUUCUUCGGGCGCCGGCCCUUCGGCGAGACCUCCGACAACAUGAACGAUCUGUACGACACCAUCGUGAACGCCGAGCUGCGCUACCCCAUCGACUGGAUGAGGUGCACCACCAGGGAGGGCAGGGACCUUCUCGACGCGCUCCUCGUGAAGAAUCCGGCCCGCAGGAUGUCCAUCAACGACGUCAAGAAGCACCCGUACCUGUGCUCCCCGUAGACUUAGUCCCAAAAUUCGUUCGUUGGUUCCCCAAAACACUUGGCUGAGGAGUCGGCUGGAUUAAAUGCCGAAUGAGUCAGUC